GACCAGAGAAGAGACGAGGAUGGAGAGACUUCUUCUGACCAUCAUCAUCAUCGCUGGGGCAGAGAGCCUGGAUAGGACUGUACGAUGACCACGUCCCCAACCCCUGGAGGUGGUCACUGUCGGACACAAGUUUCUACAAACCCAGGGAGACGGAGUUCAGACGAUGGUACCCUGGUGAACCAAACCACGGAGACAGUGGAAAAAUCUGCACAGGGAUGCAUCCUAAUGGACUCUGGUACGACGACGGUUGUGACAGCAGUAUCCCUUAUCCAGUCUGCGCAGAUGUCAGAGGAUCAGAUGUGACUUUUGUCGUCGGCAACACCUCUAUGACAUGGCCUGAAGCCCAGAGCUACUGCAGAGAUCGCCACACAGACCUGGCCAGUGUGAGAAACAUGGCAGAGCACUUGAAGGUAAAGGACGCGGCUGAGGGAAACUGGGUCUGGAUCGGUCUUUUCAGAGACUCCUGGAAGUGGUCAGAUGGAAGUACCUCCUCAUUCAGCUCCUGGAAGGUCGGCCAACCUGAUUACAACAACGGGAACAAGAUUUGUGUGGCUGCAGACUUCAGCCAAUCAGGAGCCUGGGAGGAGUGGCCCUGUGACAUGGAGAGAGCGUUCAUUUGCUACGGUCCAGUGGUUCCUGUUACAAAGAAAGUGAUGAAAGUGAAGUUUGAGAACAAGAGGAAUCUGGAUCUGAAUGACCCUGCUGUGAUGGAGGCCAUGCUGAAGCAGCUGAAACAGAAGCUGAGGGCCCAGGGGCUGGACGACAACAUCAAGCUGAGCUGGAGGAAGCAGGCUGAUGGAAAAGUCUUCCACAAGGAAGACAAGAAGACCAACAAGAGGAGGAGGAAGAGGGAGGAGCUGUAAUGUUGAGUUGCUGCGUCUGUUCAUCAGAGAAAAGUCUGGUUCUUUCCUCAAAGAUGUGACGGAGCAGAAUAGAGCUGCACCAAUCAGCUGAUUCAUCCAUUAUUCUCUUUUAUGUAAUGAAUAGUUUAGUUUUUAUUUAUUAUUGUUGUAGUGAUUCUUACAUUCUUCAUUUUAGGCUACAUAACAUUUUACUCAACUAAAAUAUGCAUCCCAGCCUCCGUACGUCUUAUUCUGUAAAUGUUGCCGAAUAGGGUUGUGUACCAAGACCCGGUACUAAUACGGCACCGGUGCCUAAAUGACCGGGAUCUACCGGACCGAAUUGCAAUGCAGAUUUCGGUGCCUCAUUUCGGUGCCAAUUUAAUGUCUUUUGCGCUGCUCUCUGAUGCUCCAAAACGCACGUUUAGAGGCAACAGGAUCAUCGCUGCAUGUGACACUAGUUAACACUACACCUGGCAGCAGGUAACGUUAGCCUACCGUUAGCUAGUUAACACUACACC